AUGGGUAACGAAGUGAGUCUGGUGCUUCACAAAUGGUCAAGUGCUGAAUUUCCGGAAGAGUACGCUCUCGUACACAUCAUUGACAACUCCAAGCGUAGCAUUUUGCGGCUGAGAGUGAAUGGAGAAAGGGUGGUGUUGAGAGUCGCAGAGUCUGUGUGCGACCAUCAUCCAGUUCGCUUACUUCACAUGGAGGUCACUGCUCAAAGGGACACCAUCAACUGUUUCAACUUUCAGCAGGUGAGAGUGGUCGUCGAUGGCACUUCUCAACAGACUCAGUCCAUGGGUAUGGGCACUGAAUCUUGGAGCGACCUGUGUGGAAGGAAAAGUUGUUUUUAUGAAGUGACGCGCAAAGUUGGAAAUAUUGGUUCGGUGGAGAAGGUUUCUUGGGAGUUUUUCCACUCGUAUACAGUUUUUCUGAUCACCCAUAUCAGAUACCAUGUGAUCAUUGAGUGUGACAAAGAGAGAGGACUUAGGGCAAACAUUAGAGGCCCUUUCAAAUGUGAGGGUCCAGUUUUGAGAGACAGUUUGGUGACAGCCGAAUGUGAAAGAGGGUCACUGAUUCAACGCGUGGUAGAAGAAGAGGCAGCAAAAGAUAUGAGAGGCUUUGCUGAGAGUGAGUUUGAGGGAAGAGAGUACAUCCUCUUCCAAGGUGCUUCUGAUGAGCCAAGUGUUAAUAUUGUUAACACAGGUGCACGUUUUCACGGUCAUGCUAAUGGCUCUACGUUCCAAGGUUGUGAGAUUGUUAUGCAAACGUUUGUAAAGCAAUCACAGCCACCAUGA